AGGGAAGCUUCCCAACAAAUCAUCAAACACACUUCAUCAAGGCCUUCACUUCACUUCUCGUCUCCUAAUAUUUCAAAGUUUGAGGAAGUCUUGAACUAUAUCGAACUAUAAACAUGGAUCAUUUCCCUGGAACCUGGGGUCGUCCUAGAGAUGAUAUUUAUGGACCUUAUGAUCACUCCUACUUGCAGUCAUCCGGACCAAAAACGCACACACAAUCACCGGCAGUGACGGGAACUUCGGUGAUUGCAGUAAAGUUCAAUGGAGGUGUAGCGAUGGCCACAGACAACCUAGCAUCCUACGGAUCACUCGCUCGGUUCACCGAUGUAAACCGUAUUCGUACCUUCGAUGAUGCGGCUAUCGUGGGCUUUGGUGGUGACGUGUCCGACAUGCAGUACAUCGACCGUCUGUUGGGCUCUAUUCAGAUCCGAGAGAACUACACAGCUACCGGCAGCACACUCAAUGCCAAGAAUCUACACACUUACCUUGCCAAGGUUUUCUACAAACGUCGAUCUGAGAUGAACCCUUUGUGGAACCACAUACUGGUUGCAGGAUUCGAUAGCGAUGGCAGCCCCUUCCUCAGCUCUGCCGAUUUGCUCGGAACUACCUUCAGCGGGCCUCACCUUGCAACCGGGUUUGGUGCUCAUUUAGCCGUCCCCAUCCUUCGUCGUCUUUUCCCGGAGGAUACGCCGAUCGAGAAUAUCUCAAAGGAGCAAGCCAUUCAAGCUUUGAGAGAUUGCAUGAGAGUCUUGUUCUACAGAGAUGCCCGAAGCUUGGAUCAAUACACACUUGCAGUUAUCACUAAGGAUGGCGUUGAGGUCAAGAACAAGGAAAAGUUAGAAUCGCAAAGCUGGGCAUUUGCUGAGGCCAUCCGUGGAUAUGGCACACAGGUGAACUAGGAUUGAGAAUGUAUAUGGGAUGGCUACGGUUUUUGAUAGAAAUACUAUUAUGAUUCUGCCGGUUGACCCAUUACCUCAGAGUUUGCAAAAUAAUCAUGCUAUCGAAUUAAUAGCUACCCGCUUUCAAUCAACAAUCUAAAGUUUGGCAGUGGGCUUGUCAAAGAUUACACGGUUGGAGCACGUUCCAACGUCCUGGAGAGACACUUCAACGUGAUCACCAUCUUUCAACCAAAGCUGGGGUUUCCUGCCCAUGCCUACACCCU